ACCACUCUCGCCCUAGCAUGCGCAUUGGCGGUUAUUAGCCCCCCCAACAUAACCAACAUCAAUUGAGAGCCCUCCUGUAAGCGCUAGCCUGGUAUCUGUUGCCUGAACAUGUGGUGGGUCGCGGUGUUACUCAAUAGGCCAUCUUGUUGCAUGUGACGGGCCUACCUUGUCACUUCACUCAGGUGUCAUGGGGUGUGAUGAGAUAGUCUACUGAGUACACGACCCAACACAACUGAAUGCAGCAGAUACGCUCAUUGAUUUCAACUGACACUUGAUAGUUCACAAACCGCAAUUAUGGUGCAGCAAAUGCCUCCUCAAGGGGGGUCGCGAAAGAUCUCUUUCAACGUUUCCGACCAGUAUGAGAUCCAGGAUGUCAUUGGUGAGGGGGCUUACGGUGUUGUAUGCUCUGCUAUCCACAAGCCUUCUGGCCAGAAGGUCGCCAUCAAGAAGAUCACCCCCUUCGACCACUCGAUGUUCUGUUUGCGGACUCUGCGUGAGAUGAAGCUGCUGCGCUACUUCAACCAUGAGAACAUCAUUUCCAUUCUGGAUAUCCAGAGGCCUCGGAAUUAUGAGAGCUUCAACGAGGUGUAUCUGAUUCAGGAACUGAUGGAGACGGAUAUGCACCGGGUCAUUCGUACCCAGGACCUCUCCGAUGACCACUGCCAAUACUUUAUCUACCAGACCUUGCGUGCGCUCAAGGCCAUGCACUCCGCCAAUGUCCUCCACCGUGAUCUCAAGCCCUCCAACCUUCUCCUCAAUGCAAACUGCGACCUGAAAGUCUGCGACUUUGGUCUGGCCCGGUCAGCCGCAUCAACCGACGACAACUCUGGAUUCAUGACGGAAUACGUCGCGACACGGUGGUACCGUGCCCCGGAGAUCAUGUUGACAUUCAAGGAAUACACCAAGGCGAUCGAUGUCUGGAGUGUUGGAUGUAUCCUGGCGGAAAUGCUGAGUGGAAAGCCGCUCUUCCCCGGAAAGGACUAUCACCACCAACUGACUCUGAUUCUUGAUGUCCUGGGCACGCCAACUAUGGAGGACUACUACGGCAUCAAGUCUCGCCGGGCUCGGGAGUACAUUCGCUCAUUGCCCUUCAAAAAGAAGAUCCCCUUCCGCGCAAUGUUCCCCAAGAGCAACGAGCUGGCGCUGGACCUUUUGGAGAAGCUUCUGGCGUUCAACCCUGCGAAGCGUAUCACUGUCGAGGAGGCGUUGCGUCAUCCGUACCUCGAGCCGUACCAUGACCCUGAUGACGAGCCGACGGCGCCCCCGAUUCCCGAAGGCUUCUUUGAUUUUGACAAGAACAAGGAUGCACUCAGCAAGGAGCAACUGAAGCUCCUGAUCUACGAGGAGAUUAUGCGGUAAAGGCUUCACGAGUCGAUGAAUGCAAUUGAUAUACCACCCGACAUGGAACGAAGGCAGAGCCUGACAUGAUGGACGGAGUUGGCUUAGCACAUACCCAUGGAUGCAUAGAGAACAGGCCGCGGCACCAGGCGCGCUGGCCUUGUACGCAGUAAUAUAUUGAAUAGCCCAGUUGUGAGGGAGUCAU